AUUAAUAGCUCGGUGUAAUUGUGAUCUGCAUCUCCAUUAAAUCGUACAAUAGAAGUCAGCAAGACUAGUAAUAUAAAAGUCAAUAAAUCGAAUGGACAGCAGUUUCAUGCUUCCACGAUCCCUGCAACAGAAACAAACAAUAUUCCUUUUACCAACACCGUCCCAAUUCGCAAGUUAAAUGCCAGUAUGCCACCCCAACCAAUCACAAACCAAGACAAGAUCUUUCCACUCUCUUUCACCGUAUCGACGAUCCUGAUCAUCCUCCACAUACGGUCACGGAUAAGGAUAAAACCUCAGUAUCAAUGAAUACCCCCCACCUUCGCAAUUCCACCACAAGAACUUACUGUGAUCGACGUCACCAACUUUUCGCCAAUUAUCCACUUGUAAUUCCAUGUCAGCAAUAAAUUCAAUCCAUGGAAAAAGAAAUCAUCAGUCUAUAUAUACCUCUGAAAUCCUCAGUCACGAAUUCACGCAGUGAGAUGGAAAAACAGAGCACAAACAUGGUUUCUUGGUUUAGAGGAAAGUGCAUAGGCAGAGGCUCUUUUGGCACCGUCAGCGUCGCAGUUAACAAAUCAGAAGACACUGUUUUUGCUGUCAAGUCCGUUGAGAUAACCGCGUGUGCCACUACGAGUCCUCAUCUUGAGUGUUUGGAGAAUGAAAUCAGGAUUCUCCGGUCCCUGUCUUCACCGUAUGUCGUUGAGUAUCUCGGCGAUGACGUUUCUUUCGAGCCCAAGAUGACGUCGUAUCGGAACCUUCACAUGGAAUACAUGCCAGGUGGCACCGUUGCUGAUGUGGCGGGGCGCGUGGACGAGAGGACUGUAAGGUCCUUCACCUUCUGCUUAGUCUCUGCUUUGAGGGAAGUGCAUUCGAGAGGCAUAGUGCACUGCGAUGUGAAAGGGAAUAAUGUGUUGGUGGGUUCAGGUUGGGGCUCCGCGAAGCUUGCGGAUUUCGGGUCGGCUAUGCGGAUCGGAGAGCAGUUUGAAGACAACAGGAAUGCUCCAAUGCUGCCACGUGGUAGCCCUUUGUGGAUGGCGCCGGAGGUAAUUCGUUGCGAAUAUCAGGGGCCAGAGAGCGACGUGUGGUCUCUGGGCUGUACAGUCAUAGAGAUGGUCACCGGAAAACCGGCGUGGGAGGAUCACGGAAUUGACACACUGAGUCUUAUCGGUUUCUCCGGUGAGUUGCCCGAGUUCCCAAUUCAAUUAUCUGAACUCGGUCGUGACUUUCUCGAAAAGUGCCUAAGACGGGAACCAAGCCAGAGGUGGAGCUGUGAUCGGCUGCUGGAGCAUCCGUUCAUAAUCUCUGCAUCAUCGUCCAAUAAUUCAGCUCUUGAAUCCUCUCCCCGGGGUGCACUGGACUGGGUUGACUCUGAAUUCGAAGAGGACGACGACAUUGAAACAUCAUCCACACUUUCAAAUUCCAUCGACGAUGAUCAAUUAAGGGGCAGGAUUGGAAAAUUGACUACGAGUAGAGGGUCAAUCUGGGAAUCCAACGGGGGCUGGAUUGUCGUGAGAGGCAACGAUGCCGGUGGAGUUACGGAAGAAGAUGGGACAAGUACGGAAUAUGCGGAUUCGGUAAAGAUAAGUGAAGAAAACAGAGAAAGGACACGCUGGGAAUUUACGAAUUAUGGCGGCAGUGAGCAGCAAUGCCGACACGUGGCGUGUCCCACUCUGGGUGGGCUUCAUCGGCAUGGGUCGAAAAAGUGGGGGUUAAUAGCGGUGGAGGGGCGAGUAAUAUUGUUGUAUAAUUAUUUAAAAUUAUUUAAAUACCGAUUAUUAUUAUUAUCCAUUUAUUUCCAUCCAUCUAAAUUCCUUGGCUUUAAUAAUUAUAUUAUAUUCCUGGUCCGAAAUUUCAAUUUGUGCAAAUGAUAAUAUGGAACUAUG